AUGGCUAACAGAAAUUCUACUCUGUUUGGACAUUUAAUUGCUUUCUACCCAAACCUCAAAAAGCUAAAGUUAUCUUCAAAUCGAUUGACUAUGAUUCCAAAACAAAUGUUCAAUACAAACAAGAAUUUAGAAGAAAUUGAGUUAUCCAGCAAUCUCUUGACACAGGUUACAUUCCGUCUUGAGCAUUUGGUAAAUUUGAAAAUACUCAGCCUACAAAACAACCGCAUCUCAAUCUUGAAUUACGACUCACGCUUGAUCCUGAACUCGCUGUUAAUGACUAUCAACACAGACAGGAAUAUAUCUGCAACUCUGCAGAUAGCCAACAAUCCAAUCUCGUGUUCUGAAUGCGAUACACUGGCCUCUAUAGAAUGGCUUUCAACAACAUCACUUUCGUAUGGGGACAUCCACUGCAAGAAUCCAGAAGGGAAUUUAAUCUCCAUCGACCACAUCGCUACAAACUUCGUACAAGAAGAGUGCGAUAGAGCAGUUCGUAUCAGAAAUGCUAUUGUUUUGUCUGUUCUUAUACCGAUAUCAAUUAUCAUAUCUAUGGUCCUUAUAAUGUGUAAAUGGCGGACGAAUCGGCAAAAACAAUUUUAUAGAAAGAAAAUGGAACAGAAAAUUCGAAAGAUUCAGAUGAAUGAACUUGACACAAAAUAUCUAAUAUUUCUGGCAUUCAGUAGUUACGAUUACAAUUUUCUCAACAACAAUGUUUUUGGACCAUUAAAGCAUCAUUUACAACUUAAGACAGGUACGGACAGAGACCUGAUAUGUUUCGGUGACAAAAAUUUCCAGCUAGGAAAACCUGUCCAUGAUGAAAUGGCCUUAUGUCUACAGCAAUCGGCAGUAGUAAUGUUACUCCUAUCUCGUAGCUUCUGUAACAGCGAAUUCUGCAGAAUGGAGUUUGAUAUGGCUCUUUUUAUGAAGAAACCAUUCAUUCUCAUGAUUAAAGAUGAAUUAGACGAAAGCGAAAUGGUACCCAGCCUGCAAGAGCUCUUCAAAAGAAACACGAGAUUAUUAUGGGAAAGACGUGACAACCACUUUUACUUAAGGACAUCCUGGGAUAAUGUUGUUAACUCAGUUCUAGAACUGGUUCCGUAA